AUGACUUGCAUGAAACAACAUAAUACCCGUGGAAACGGAAAUGGAACGAUGCUGACAAAGCAACCAGUGCCAGGCAAAUCUCAGAAAAGGCCUGACAACAGUAAUACCCGUAGUUUCAGUCAGUCGUCCUCAGUUAAACAAGGCCAGGGCAGCAAUCAGAAUCAAGGCUCCUACGUUGGAAAGAAGCCACAGUGCAACAAGUGUGGUAAUAAUCAUUAUGGACAGUAUGUCCGGACUUGCCGUAGGUGCGAAAAGGUGGGCCAUGAGGCCAAAGACUGUAGAGCCCCGCAGCCUAAGCAGCAGCAGCAAAAUCAGCAGCAUCAGCGACAGCAAAGGCAACAACCCCAUCAGAACCAGGGCUUUAAGAAGGGGUGUUUCCAGUGUGGGGAUGAGGGCCACAUUAAGCGGGACUGCCCUCAGUUGAAUCUGAAUGUUAACGACAACAACAACCGUCAGAACAACAACAACAAUGCCGGGAACAACAACACUGGCAACAAUGGGGGCAAUGGUGCUCGUGGUAGGGUAUUUACGAUCGGUGCUGGUGAUGCUAGGAACGACGACAAUGUCGUGACUGAGUUCAGUCAGCGAUUAGGGUUAACCCCAACGCCUUUAGAAGUUAAGCACGUAGUAGAAUUAGCGAAUGGCAAAACGAUUGAAGCUUAA